CCAUUUUGGACAGAGGAGGGGGCGGCUGAAAACUUCCAUCCUUGAGGCUGGGUGGUUUUCUCUCUCUUUUAAUUCCUUCCCCCCCCCCAUCCUUUUGGCAGGUGGUUGAUGGAAACCACAUGACGGUUCAGCCCCUGAAGUCAUUUUUUGGGAGGGAGGGAGUGUUUGUGUGCGUAGAGAGCGCGCUGUACCUCAUUGAAACCAGCUUGCCUACAAGGGAAGUCAACUCCUCUCCCGUCCCUCCAGCGCAGCGCAGUCUCCUCCAGCCCCGUGAGAAGGGCUUGACACACACAGCUCCCGUCUGCAGCAGCAAAGAAGAAAAAGCAAAACCCACAGAGUCAGGGAAGAGGAAGAAAGAAGAAGGGGAUUUACAGGCAGAAGGAAGCAGGCAUUUGGCUAGAGAAGAAAGUCUGCCCCAGGUUGUGACACCCAGGACCACAUUCUGACCCAAAGCUCCCACUAUGGAACACCUUCUUCUGCUGAUGCCCCUCUUGGGUCUGGUGAGCAGUGACCUGCCGUUUGUGCAGAGAGGCUUCUGGGACUUUUCCAUGGAUGACCCUAAUGUCCAAGAAGAGGAAGAGGCGUCUGGCAUCUUCCCUACGUCGGGAGGGGCCGAGGCUGAGGACAUCGUGCCCUUCUAUCCGGGCCUCUGCCCCUUUGGCUGCCACUGCCACCUCAGGGUGGUGCAAUGCUCUGACCUGGGUCUCAAGGAAGUGCCUAAGGAGAUCUCGCGAGAUACAAAAUUGCUGGAUCUGCAGAACAACCACAUUACUGAACUACGCAAAGAUGACUUUAAGGGGCUGCAUCACUUGUAUGCCUUGGUCCUGGUGAACAAUAAGAUCUCCAAGAUCCACCCAAAGGCCUUUAGCCCGCUGCACAAGCUGCAGAAACUCUACAUCUCCAAGAACAACCUGGUGGAGAUCCCUCCUAACCUGCCCAGCUCCUUGGUUGAACUCCGCAUCCAUGAUAACAAGAUCAAGAAGGUCUCCAAGGAUGUCUUCAAUGGGCUCAACAACAUGAAUUGCAUUGAGAUGGGAGGGAAUCCCCUGGAGAACAGCGGUUUCGAACCUGGUGCCUUUGAUGGUCUGAAACUGAACUACUUGAGGAUCUCAGAAGCAAAGCUCACAGGGGUACCUAAAGAUCUUCCUGAAACCCUAAAUGAGCUACAUCUGGACCACAACAAGAUCCAGGCAAUUGAAUUAGAGGAUCUGAUCCGGUACUCCAAAGUCUACAGGCUGGGCCUGGGACACAACAACAUCCGCAUGAUUGAAAACGGCAGUCUGGCUUUCCUGCCCAGCCUACGUGAGCUGCACUUGGAUAACAACAAGCUGUCACGAGUUCCUCCAGGACUGCCUGGCCUCAAGUUUCUGCAGGUUGUGUACCUUCACUCCAACAACAUCACUCACAUUGGUGUCAACGACUUCUGUCCUGUAGGCUUUGGGGUAAAGCGGGCUUCGUACCAUGGCAUCAGCCUCUUUGCCAACCCUGUGCCCUACUGGGAGGUCCAACCAGCUACUUUCCGCUGCGCUACGAAUCGCUUGGCUAUCCAGUUCGGGAACUACAAGAAAUAAAGAAGUUAGAGGAGGGUGAUGGGGAGGGAGGGUGGGAUGAAGGGACAGAGAAAGCCAAUGGGAAAACUGGGGUAGGGGUGGGGGUGAGCAAGGGAAUGUGGAAACGCAAAGGCCAUUCUGGGGAGGAGGGAGCCAGUGGGGAGGACCCAGUCGGGGUAAUUAAAGAGACCUGGCAGAAUACCAGCCAAUGCCCAAGGAAGAGAAAGGGAUGGGAUGGGAAGGGAAGGGAAGGGAAGAGUUGACAUGUGGAGGGAAAGAGGUACAGAUCUUACAAUUUGACCAGCUUCAGACCUUCAGCCCAUACAAUAAUGCUGCAUUUUCAAUGAAUUUGUUGUGCUAGACAAACUUGGUUGUUCCUUUGGGAAGGAUCACUACUGCUGCCCUGGCCUGGGGCAGGAAGUGAGGGAUGCAGAGGAUUCUCCACCACCAGAAGUUGCCGUCGUUGGAGAAGGGCUGCAGCUUGGUUUUAGGGCCCAUGCUCUGCAUCCAUGCAUUCCAUGUCGGUUUAGGCAUGUCCCCUGUCUGAAAUACUGGAGAGCCACUGCCAGUCGGUGCAGACAACAGAUGGAUCAAUGGUCUGGUUCUGUAUAUGGCAGUUUCCUGUGCUUCUUUCUAUCAGACGCUUUUAAGGCAGAUUCACAAAUUACAGCUUUUUACGCUCAAGUCCAUGAAUCCAUGGGGUCACAUGUACUGGUAAACAAGGCAAUGGCCAUAUCAGUGCAUUCCCCACACCCCAUACGUUGAGGUGAACCUUUCCCAAUCCACUACAGCCAUUCCUACAUUAUAGAGUGCAUGUAUCUCAACAUGCAAGUGUAGGCCUGUAUGUGCACAAUAAUGUAACAUGGGAAUGAUGCCUGAAUUUCAUGCACAGAUUUAGUCCUUUGCCGACUACCCAAAUGGCUGUGGGUGCUCUUGGCAAAUAUCUACGUGAGAAUAUCCCCCCCCCCCCGCCCCUGUAAAGCAGUUGUACCAUCCACUUUCCAGAGGGGAUGCCAUUUUCCAGACUCCAACCUCUAGAUCUGGGCAGCCUUGCACAUUAUAGGAAGUGCUGAAAACUGAGUGCCUGUGUGAAUUCUGCAUAUCUUUUACUGCAUUUGCUCAAAAUUCAAAAACAGCCUCUGUGUAUUAAAAAAGAAAGAAGAGGGAAACACUGCUAAUGUUACAAAUGUAUACCAAUUUUAUACCAGCUUAGUCACGGUGGUUUCCUCUGACACAAUCCUGGAAAGUGAAGUUUGGUGAGCAAAACUGAAAAUUCUCUGCUUCCUCCUCCUAUACAUUUCCCAGGGUAUUCUGGGGAAAGGAAAUGACCAUAAAAUCAGUUUCAGGCUGUAGUGUAGCCAUUUUAAAUCUGAGUGGCAGCCCCAAGCAAUUUGGCUUCCAAAUCAGAGUGAUCCGAGACACCCAUUAUUCUGCUCCCAUUGAGAUCUUUAUUGUAGAAAAAUGUCUACAACAGGGCUAUUCUGCUGGGUGCACAUGGCACCUGAAAAUGGCGGGUGUACAAAAAUGUUAAGAUCGGAACAAACCUUUUGCAGCCUUCUUGGCCCUAUGCGGACAUUCAAAGGAUAACGUGAGUGUGAACGCAGCCCCCCAACCCCAUGCGACCACAGAGCAUUGUUUCAGCUCAAACCCACAGCUCCUCCUCCAGUCUAGCUCCUAGCUGCCACAUCUGGCCCCACGUUUGUGGUAGGGUUGGGCAGAUGCUGGGAGCCAGCGGCUGAGCAUCACCGCUCCCAUUUUUACUCCCUUUUGCGAUGAGGAAAGCCCAGCCAAGUGAGUGACAGCAUGUGCUGCCUCCAACCUGGCCAGGCUCUGCAUGGAGGGGGCAGCUGCCCUGGAGUCCCCUGCGGUGGGAUAGGGCAGGAGCAGGGAACCUUUUCAGCCCAGGGCCUGCCUUCCCAUUCUGGGGGCCACAUGCCAGUGCCAGUCAGGGCCAGAGGCAAAAACCAGCCAAGCAACGAAUGUAAAUGUUUCCUUUGCCCAGUAGGCUAGACUACAGACACAUCCUCCAACCACCAUCCAGGCAAACAAGAGCCGUUGCAGCCAGACCAAGACGCUGCGGCAUGGGGAGGGUCCCUAGGGUCUGGGGCAAGGGGGCAGGGAGGUGCUCCCUCAGUUCCCAACCCCUUCUCAGCCCUGUCUUUGCUUACCUGGAUACCUGAGGGGCUCUCAAAGGCCAACUUCCCUGAGCCAUUCCAAAAUGCAGAAGCUGGCAGUGCUGAUCGCCUUGAAGACCCAAACCCCAAGGACAGUGUCCAGGCUCCCUGAGGCUCAGGGGGUGGUGCCAGGUAGACAGAGGUGGGUGGAGCGUGAUAAGGUGAAGGUGAGGUCUAGUAGUGCUUGCUGGGGCCACAGAGGACAACACUGCUUGCCUGUGCAACCCUGGUGCCUCAGGAGGGAAGCCUGAAGGACAAGAGGGAAGGGGGUGGGGGACAGCCCACCUUCCUCUCUGAAUGCUGUCCCUGAGACCCAGAGAAGGAAGCUGAAGACCCUGGCAUUUCAAGUCAACUCUCAGACACCAAGCAACCCCAAACCAGAUGCAGAGCACAGAUUUCAGGCCCAAGCACUAAUCGCUCCCGGAUGUGGCCGAGGCCCGGAGAGGAUGCUGAAGUUGGUUAGGGACGACUGGAAGUAACAAAUAAAACAAAUGAAUUUCCCCAUCCAAGUUCUGCAGGGGGUGGGAGGAAAUCAAUGUGGGAGAACACAUGAAACCCCCUGGAGAAAAGGGUGUGUGUAGCAACAAAGCUUGUCUGAAGCCGUUUGUAUUUCUAAAUAUAUAUAGAAGGAAUGUUCUUAGAAGAGUGAGGCUAGAUUUUAAGGCAAGAUCCAGCAGCUCCAGAAUAGAAGGGAAAGGGUGUGUGCGCGUGCAUAUAUAUGCCCCACCAAUGAAGGAACUUAUGUCACAGCUACCUUUUUUGCAUGGCUUCUUAUAUCUGUUUUUGACCCAACCCAGCAAAAGUGAUGCCUGUGUAUACAAAGAAUGACAGUUGAUUGGGGCUACAGGAGAAUAAUUUUGGAGAUGAAAACCCCAGUUUAUGCUCACUUCCUUUAGUCCAGUAUUGCAUGGUGGAAUUUUCUCUUUAAUUAAAGGAACUCCAGUUUUGGUUCCACUUGCUCUCCCUGUGCACUGCAGUGCCUCUCCUAUGCACAGCCACUUGGCAGCCAUGUACACAGCACCUGGCAACCCCUGUGGCUUCUUCCCUGGUGCCUUAAAAUUAACUUCACACCACCACAAUGCCUUUGAUUGCAUUUCCUAAACCGUCAGCAGGUGGAUCUGUUGCUUUGCUUAGCCAUUUGGUUAAAGUGAGGAGGGGGACGAAACUUGGAAGGUCGGGAAGGUGGUUGCUCUUACAGAUAACUUGCAUUCCCACAGUGACCUAUGUAUAAAAUAAAAACAGUUUUAAUGGAUAAUGGUACCCAUUUCCUUCAGAAUCUUGAGGCUGGAACCUCUGGCCUUCUUGUGAAUUUGACUUCUAAGCCUUUGGCUCUCUAUCUGGAUGUAGGGAAUGUCUUUGUAAGACUGUCUUUGCUCUCUUUUUAAAAACAUCUCUUUGGGUUGUUGUUUUUUAAACGCUCUCUUAAACCAUGUGCAAUAUUAACUUCUGUAAAGGUGUCCAAUAAAGUUAGUGAUAAUUGCUAACCUUUAA